AUGUGGCCACCUACUGACUUCAUACCACCUCUUCCACCAAUGAAGAGAAGAAUGCCAGGUAGACCAAAUGUUAACAGAAGAAGAGAUGCAUCAGAGAAGCUACCAAUGCACACUGUGUCUAAGGCAGGGAAAACAAUAUCAUGCAGUGUUUGUAAAAAUGUGGGGCAUAACAAGGUCACAUGUCCUCAAGCUGAAAGACCUCAAGUGCAAAAACCUGAAGUUGGUAGGAGGCCCAAACUAAAUGUUAAAAAAAGGAAAACAGGUGUCAAUGGAAAAGGUGAAGCAGCAGGAGGGGUCAAUGGAAAAGGUGAAGGAGCAGGAGGUGUCAAUGGAAAAGGUAAAGGAGAAGGAGAUAUCAAUGGAAAAGGUGAAGGAGCAGGAGAUGCCAAUGGAAAAGGUGAAGGAGAAGGAGGUGGCAAUGAUAAAGGUGAAGGAGCAGGAGGUGUCAAUGAAGGGCAAAAUGGUCAAGGAGCAAAAUCAGUGCACGAAGGGCAAAAAGGUCAAGGAGCAGCAGUUGUUGCUGCUGGAAGGAUAUCUAAAAGAAAGAAAUAA